AUGCUAAGCUAUUUCGCUGUUUUCUCAGAGGUUUCUCUUAUUCUGCCUUGUGACGGCGACGUACGCAUCGGCGACUUCGGUUUGGCAAGACCUGGCGACUACCGGACCUCUGUCAACAACCCUCGUACAGCAACAAGGGAAGUUUUUGGUAGCUUUACCAAGGACGUAGGCACUGCCUCCUAUGUUGCGCCAGAAGUCCGAUCGGCAGGGAAUGGAAAGUACAAUGAAAAGGCAGAUAUGUACUCCUUAGGCGUGAUACUUCUCGAGAUGAAUGUUCCUUUCUUCACGGGUAUGGAGCGGGCCGAGACGCUGGAAUUGUUGCAGAAAGAGGACCAUGCGCUUCCCUCGGCCCUAGACAAUACAGAAAAAGCAACUCAAGCAGUGAUUUUUAUGUCGUUGAUCCAGCACAAGUCAACCCACAGACCCAGCAGUUCGGAACUUCUUCAAAGCGGUCAGAUUCCAGUCCAAGAUGAAGAUGAAUCCUUUCGCAUGGCACGCCGGCUUCUAGCCGAUCGAACUUCACACUUUCGGUCACAAUUCAUCAACAGUCUGUUCAACGAGAGGCAUGCGAUAGACAAUUCGUCAAGUACAAUGAGCAUCGCACCUACGGAUCCGAUGCGGGCAGUCACGUUGCUCGAGGAUGUAAGGGCUAUGUCACGGUCUUUACCCGACGACUUGGAUCUUCAGGCCAUGGUUAGAGAAAGACUGACAGCAAUUUUUCAUCGCCAUGGCGCCGUUGAAAGAACGGACAGCCCGGCUCUGUUCCCAUAUCACUCUUGCUAUCCGUCAGCAGAUGUCGUUCAGUUCCUUUCUCCCACGGGUAAAGUCAUGCAGUUACCGUAUGACCUAAUACUACCGAAUGCCAUGUUGUUGGCUCGACACUCUAGACCAGAACCGAAAACUUUCGUCUUUGACAACGUGUAUCGGGUCGAUCAUUUACGGGAUCAGCCCAAGAUAUUUGGGGAAGCUAACUUCGAUAUUGUGUCAGAAAAUAGCCUCAACCUUGCGCUUCGUGAGGCUGAAGUACUCAAAGUCAUUGAUGAGAUCCUUGACACAUUCCCGAGCUUGGCAUCGGUGCAGAUGUGCUACCAUAUUAAUCAUGCGCAAUUACUAGAUGCCAUCCUGCGUUUCUGCGAUGUCGAGGUUUCGAAAUGGCCUGCCGUCAAAGAAACGGUCAGCAAGCUUCAUACAGGGGAGUGGACCUUUGCAAAAGUAAGGCACGAAUUACGUGGACCUUCCAUUGCUGUUGCUGCGACUUCACUGGAUGAGCUUGAACGCUUUGAUUUCCGAGAUACACUGGAAAAGGCUAUUGCGAGGAUUCGGUCAAUCAUCAAAGACACUGCUGAUCUUGAGUCGGCAUUUGCUCACAUGCAGGCCGUCAUCACUUACCUGGUCCGCUUCAAUGUCAAGCGAAAGGUGUACCUCAAUCCGUUAAGCAGCUACAAUGAGAAUUUCUACCGUGGAAAUCUGUUAUUCCAAUGUCUCUACGACCAGAAGAAGAGAUCGGUCCUUGCCGCUGGAGGCCGCUAUGAUCAUCUUAUCCACGAUCACCAGCUUAUCACGUCAAGGAAGAACCACGUCUAUGCUGUAGGGUUUCAGCUUGCUUGGACAGGGCUUUGCGCGGAUAUGGUGAGUUACCUCAAGAGGGGAACGAAAUCAAAGGCCAAGAGGAAGUCUCAAUCUCUAAUCGGUCUGGCGUGGAGCAAGAGACGAUGCGAUGUUCUUAUCGAUAGUUUCGACCAAGCUCACCUCGACUCGGUCGGUGUCGAUAUACUGCACGAGCUUUGGUCAAAUGGUAUCAGCGCAGAGCUUGCAGAGGAAGACCACGGUACCAAAGCCGAGAACAUAUUUGCGAAAAGCAAAGAAAGCCGUCAAGACCAUAGCUGGGUUGUGUUGAUCAAGUCGGAGGAUUCAAUGAAAGUCAAAUCAAUCAGCAGAAAGGAUGAGAUCGAGAUCCGACUAUCAGAUCUCACUGGACAUCUUCGUGGCGAAAUUCGUGAGCGAGACAGACUAGAAGGCCGGACACCAAGAGUAUCAAUACAACAUCAAAGCAGCCAACAGGACGUGAACGGAACUGAGACCGAUCGUGAAGUAGAUAUAAAAGUUCUGAUGUCACAGAAUAAGGGCAAGAAGGUUAAUCGAAAGACUAUCGUGGAAGAGGCCCAACAACAUAGGGCGGAAUAUCUCCAGAAUUGUGCAGAUGGCCCUAUCGUAGCCAUUGAAACCAAGGACGACAUCUUCGAGGGGAUAAUCGACACACGCCUCUCAGAUCCUGAAUCAUGGAAGAAGUUCAUUCAAAGCGCUGCUCCAGGCGAGCGCCAGUACCUCGGACAGCUGCACAAUCUACUCAAAACCAUGGCAAAAGAGGCCGUACCUGGGAACUCAACCGCGGUUGUCUACAAUUUCCGUACAAAGGCGUGCAUCUCGUAUAACCUGGGGAAGGCAUCCUAA